UCUCGAGUGUGGUCUUUUCAAUGUAAGUAUGUGCAGUGUGAACUCAUAAUUCGAAUCUACUUGGAUUAAUUUGUGAAAAAAAUUACUAAUUGAUAGAAAAUCAACACAUCGGUUUAUUACACAAUAUUCGCAGCGGCGGUGCGUGACAUUGAGGUUUUGUGAGAAUAACAAUCAAAGGAGGGAUCUCAACGCGAGAGCAUACGACAAAAUAAAAACGGAAAUACCAAGCACGAAUGAAGGUGGUAAAAUAUUAUUGUCACCCGAAAUACCCACCUACGUUAAACAUUCCACCAAAUGUAGAAUCAGUGGUCAUAAUGAGAAAAAAAAAUUAAAAAGUAAUUUCAGUUCCUUUCACAGCAAUUAUCGGAUGAAUCAGUUUGAGGAAUGAAGCAAUUCUCGUCGUUGGGAUAACAGUAAAGCGGCGUGAUAACUUUAAUCAUUAACGCAUUCACAAUCAUACUGUCAACAACCGAGUUGAACUAAUUGACGAGUUUUACGUGUAUUUUAGUUGUUUUUUUUUACGAUCAACGCGUUGUAUUUAUUCAAAUAUUAAUACCAGUGCAAAUUUUUCGUUUGUUUUUUGUGUGUUUUUUUCUUGUGUAAUUUUUUAUUCGAUCAGUUUUAAAUUUUAUUCAUCAUGAAAUACAGCAAUAAAAUAUUUUGGAUCUUUGUUGUGAUUGUUGCAGCUACAGCGCUAUUCGAUCGAGGCAAUUGCGCCAAGCUCUAUAUUUUGGAAGAAAAUUCCAUCAAUAAAGUUGCACCUUAUUCAAGAUUACGACGACAAACGCAUCCAGCAGCCACCAUAGCCAAGCUUCCGACUCAAGACACCGGCGUAUUCACACCGAUCGUUGGACCUACUCAAUCCAGCGAUCAACAAUUCCGACAAAAUACCUUGGAUUUUUCCAAUUCAGACACAUUGGUAGAUUAUCUACUGCCGCCAAAUCCAAACGCGCAAUUUACUUCUUUGAAUUUCCAAGAUCCGUCGGCAAAUCUGCAAAACAUCGAUAAUUUUUUCGACAUAGCUCCAACAUCGUCAUCUGACACUGUAAAUUCAUUUCAACCGAUACAAAAUCAGUUCCCUUCAUCACCAGGGAGUUUCUCCAACCAAAUAAACAUCGCUACCCCGAAUAUCGGUGCUGACUCGGUGCAAAGUUUGACGUUUCAAAAUGCUCCCAUUUCCGCAUCACCUAGUCUUUCGUUUUCUAGCCCAACACAAACGUCGAGUAUAAACCAAUUUAUUCAAAACAAGGAAUCCAGUUCCUUGAGCAGGGAAUUAAACAGCGUUACUCAGUUUAAAAAUCCCAAUCAAUUCAAAAGCAAUAGCAAUUUCAUUAAAAACGAGCCCAUUAAUUUUGUUAAAAGCGAUCCCAUUAGUUCUGAUCAACCCAGCCAAGGUAAAUGGGAUCUUGGUUUCGAUGCGAAUGAUAUUUUAGCACCGCCAAAUCCGGAAACUGCACGAAACGAAUACGAUACGAUAAACGGAAAUAGAUUCAAAAAAGUGAAUAAUGUCCCAUCGCCAUUGAAUAAUAUUCAAUCACCAUCGAAUAAUCUCGGAUCACCGAAUACCGUUCUACCACCGAAUAACUUUUCUCCACCUAAUAAUAACUUUUUAACCCCUAGUAAUACUUUGUCACCUCCGAGUACCCAAUUCAGUUCAAACACUAAUCAGUUUAUUCAACCGAAUCAAUUUAAUCAGCCAAACAAUCAGUUCCAAUCGAAUAGUCAAUUCUUCCCUAAUCAAUUCACAUCACAGCAAAAUAAUUUCAAUCAGUUUAAUGCCCCACAGCCUACUGCAAACAACCAAUUCGUCCCUUCGAACGUACAAUUUACGCAACAAAAUCCAGUACCAGCAUCCAAUAAUCAAAUCUCAGUGCCAAGUCAAAUUUCUUCCAAUGGCGAUCAAACUGAUAUAAUUUGGGGAACUCAAAAACAAGUCAAUAAUUUUAUACCAACGACUUCGGCGCCUUUCCUACCGACCAUACCACCUAAUAACAAUAACCAAAAUUCAAUUAAUUAUCAACAAAAUGGAUUCAAUAAUGGGCAAAGUGGAUUCAAUAGUGGACAAAAUGGAUUCAAUAAUGGACAAAAUUUACAGCAGUUUCCCAGCACCCAGCUGAACAAUGAUCAAAUUUACCAAUUCCCUGGCAACGUAAAUAACCAGAAUUAUGCUUUAGAUACACCACUCACUUCGCAAUUCGAUUCCUUUCUACCACAAGGAACCGUCUCCGAUCACUCGUUUUUUCCCGUCAACGAAAACGUUAGGCAUUUCCAACGCAAAAGGCAAGUCGACGAAGAAGAGGAACACGAGGAAGAAGUUGAAGAACCAUUAUACGAAUCAAAAAGCAAAUUCAAAACCGGACCUGUGUAUUCAUUCGUUAAAACUGACAAAAAUGGUCAUUUCAAAUGGUCGGUAAGACAUCCAUCGAGAAGAUAGAAGGAGGAUUGCAACCAGCCGAAACUUCUAAUUAUAAAAACUUACCACAUGUGCCAAGAGUAUCUCGAAGAGAACAUCACGAGGCCGGACCUGUAAGGACAUAUGCGAAAACCAACCAUCAUGCGCAUUUCUCGUGGGGUGUGAAACACAACGUCGGACAUGGAUUUUAAUCUGAAAGUACAAGUUGAUGUUACGAUGCUAUUUUAUAUUAGUAUAUUGUUCGUCUAGCUGUUCUUCGUAACAUGCAAAGAUAAACACACUUGUUAGAUAUUUAGACAAAUUAACUAGCCCUACAUACUUAUUUAGUAACAAAAAUAUAAGAAUCGAAGGUACCAAAGUCUGGAUGAUAGAAUCCAUUAGUUGGUCAGUAUUUAAGAGGAAUUCUAGUCUGUAUUUUUUGUGAACGUUUCAUUUCAUUGAUGGAAAAACAAAUAUAUACCUACAUCAAAAAUAUAAGCAUUCUUUUGAGAUCUAAAUACGAAAACAUUGAAUUACCUACGUCGUUUUUUACAUGGUGCAUUUCCAUUUUUUUAAAUUAAUUUUUUUGUUUGUUUUUCAAAGACUGUAUUACAUUACACACAGAGAGUUGAGCAAUGAGCAUGGAAUGUACCUAAGUAUUUUGGAUUGAAGUGACAAACUAUUUCCUCAAUUAUAAGAUUUCAAAUUAAUUUAAGCAUUCAAGAUUUGUGGUAUUUUAUACAUUUUGUUAAAUGUUAAUUACUGUUUAAGAAUAUACUUAUUUAUGAAAACUAAUAAAUUUGUCGUGUUUCUGCUUGUCGAAAAACAAUACAAGAA